AGUUCGAUAUCUCGUAGUAAGUUCGAUAUCGAUAGUAUAACAUCUUUUUUCGCAUUGAUAUUAAGAAGGAGAAAAAUUUGAUUACUGAAUAAGAUAAAACGGCAAUUAAAAUUACCGCCGUUUCGAAACGUAUAAUUUUUUUUUCAUCAGGCAGGUGGCGCUGAUCGUUGGCCCAGUUCAAAACGCGCCAAUCGACAUUUUUUUUGCGUCGUUAAUAAACGAUUCCUUCGAAGCGCGAUUUCGAAGACCCGCUUAUUAUCGAGAAAACCAUCGACGAUAUACGAGAACGCGAUCAAAAAUUUCGAUCAACGAACACCGAGUGGAUACCUUUCGAACAUUUUGCGAACGAGGUAACCUGAUUAAUAGUGCGCAGUUGAAAUUGUUCGUUGGUUGGAAUUCGUCGUGGUAAAGUGUGUACGUACGAGCAUGCGUGUGUAGUGUAUGUGUGCGUGUGUGUGAUCGUGCAGUGCGUGUGUGUUCGAAACAGUGUCUUUUAUUAUAUUUCAUUUCAUCAUUUAUCAUCGUUCUUUUUUAUGAUGGAUACAAGCUGAACGAAUAUUCAUUUAUCCGUUGGAUCUUCCUUCGAAAAGGACUACUUUCGACGGGCAUGUAUGGCUGGUGCGUGGCUGGAAUGGCAGAAAAGUUACGCGAAGCUUGCGUUCGUGGCGAGGCCGAACGUGUCGCACGUCUUCUCGACGAAGGAAUCAAACCACAGCCGGAUGAGAAUGGACGAAGUCCUUUGCUAUUGGCUGCAGCACUCGGCCACACUGACGUCUGUAAUGCUCUUCUGCUUCGUGAAGCCGAGGUUAAUGCAGCCGACUCGGGCGGCGUGACUCCUCUACAAAGGGCAGCUGCCGAAGGCCACUUGGAGGUGGUUGAGCUACUCCUCAAGCAUGGAGCAGACGUCGCACGGCAGGAUACGCUUCAUGGAAACUCGGCUUUGCACGAAGCCUCAUGGCGAGGAUACAGCCGGACUGUUGCUGCUUUGGCAAAGGCCCUCGGGACUCAACGCGCUCCUUUGCACGCGAGGAAUCUAGCUGGAUUUGCGCCGCUUCACCUCGCUUGUCAAAAUGGCCAUAACCAAAGCUGUCGAGAACUUCUCCUCGCUGGAUGCAAUCCUGAUCUUCAAAACAAUUACGGAGACACGCCACUUCAUACAUCGGCACGUUACGGUCAUGCAGGUGUUACGCGUAUUUUAAUAUCCGCGCUUUGCAGGGUCUCUGAACAAAAUAAAAACGGUGACACGGCACUUCACAUUGCCGCAGCGAUGGGCCGUCGGAAGUUGACGAGGAUACUUCUUGAAGCCGGUUGCGAUAGGACGCUGCGAAACAAGCAGGGCGAGACAGCGAAGGAUAUAGCUCGUCGCAAAAACCUGACGGAGAUACUCGAGAUAAUCGGUAAGGCCAGGAGCAAGAGUCGAGCCCGUAGCAAGAGUCGCGACGAGGAGUCGAGUAACAACGACAAGGUCGAUGGCAGUGGUGGCAGUGCUGUCGUUGCAAAGUGCGAUAGAAACGAAAAGAAACGGGAAAAGACUGGUAGCGGUACCAGUGGUAGUAGGGAUGGUUGUACGAUCAAGAAGGAAAAGAAGAAACAUAAAGGAGGUAGUGCCGGUAGCGGUGGAAAGACUCACAAGGUCCAUUUCGAGAAAGCAGUGAUGGGAAGACAAUGGUCACCUUAUGGUUGUCAUUAUUACCCGGAUCCAGAUUCUUUUCCACAGCCAAGAUUAGACUCGUUACCACCGGACCCAUUAGGAAGGGGUGAACAAUAUUAUUUGGAUUUAGCUGGUAACAUAAGAAAGGGUCCGGUCGGUGUAGGCUAUACUUGUUAUUGCGCACCUUUCUUUAGACAUAUGGAAGCAAAGUUAGAAAGAGACAAGGCAGAAUUAAAGGCACAUAUCGAUCAGGCACACGAAAGAUUGGAUUUGAAAGUAGCCAAUCUUGAGAGAAGAACCCGUGGACAGAUUUCAGAACUUACCAGAUGCGUAGCAGCUGAAAGGGCACGUUGCGACGAAAGACAUCAGCAUAUUCAGCAGAGAUUGUCUCGUGGUGGAAGAGGUAGACACAGUGAGAGACCAGCGAGAACGUCGAACGUCGACGAUCAAGUCCCUCCUACUCGUGCCAGAUCUCUCGAGGAUUUACUUGAUGAUAGACCACAGGAUAGAAGCUUUGAAAUUCCCGGUGAGACUCCUGUUUAUCGAGGUAGUCUCGAUGAUUUAGAUAUUCCUGCUAUACCUAGGCUGAGCAAAUCGAUGAAGAAUCUUCCUUCGGGAUCGGGUAUGGCUAGGUCGACCUUGAGAGUACUUGACGUUCCAGCAAGAUUGAAUGAGACUUUCGAUGGUGUCAUCAGGCAAGAUCGUAGCUCUCCUCUUGGUGCAGCAUCGUCGCCGUCUAUGAGCUCGAGACAACAGACUCGUCGGCAACGGACGUCUCUCUCGCAGGAACAGGGUCCUAAUAUUAGCCAGGAAGACAAUAACGCUACUCGUAAGAACGGCGAAGAAAAUACUGGAGAAUGGAGAUCGUCGCCGAGUCGUCGUAGCGUACACGAGAUGAUCAAACGAUUUCAACAAGUACCUGGCAUGCAUAAUGGCUGGCGUGGACAACGUUCUGGUAGUAGCGAACCUACCAGCCCGGAACACAGUCAGUGUUCUCAAAACAAAAGGAUUCAACCACAGGGUGGUGUAGGAAAUAGCUGGCACGGUGAAGGUGAAGGUAACAACAGUGAAAGUAGCGAGGGAGAGGAUGACAUGGAGCAACCAGAAGCCCUGAAAGGAAAUGUUUCGAACAAAGGGGUUAUACAAGAAGAUGUUCAUUACGACAGCAUAGCCAGGAUGCCUUACAGAUCGCGUAGUGCUGUUUAUAGUCCUACUCCACUCUUGCACGAUGCUCACAAUGAUUCUGGAUAUAGUACACGUAUGUACGGAUCGAGUAAGGGAGCUUCGCCUUCUCUCUCAGGACAAUUAGAAUGCGACGUUAUUCUACCACCUUCGCAAGGAGGUGCCUUCCCAAGCGGAGAACAAUUGGCUGCUUUAUUGGAACAACCAAGAGGACAUGACCUGACUGUUUACGAAAGAGGCGCAGACAAUGUUGUUAUUAAUAUAGGAACUGCGAGUCUCGUUUAACGUAUUUUUCUUUUUUGCGAGAUUUGUCAAGUGUAAACAUGGAACUUCCAAAGAUGACGCAAAAAAAAAAAAAAACGGGUAAUUCGCUCGUAAUUUUGUAAACUCGUCAUUAGCGAAAGGUUAUACAUACACUGCGUUCUUCUUUAGAGACUUAUUCACGUACCUUCCAUUAUUUUUUAAUUAGUUGUUCAAUACGUGCUCAUUUUUGUAGAAUAAUAGCGAUUACAAGCGAUUUCUUUUAUACAUAUACAUAUACCUGUGUGUUCAUAUUUUUAUAUAAAUAUUAUCUUAAAAGAAGGAAUCGAAAUGUUAGUUGUUUGUAAUUUGAGUACAAAUGUAAGUGUUUUCGAUCGUCAUAUUAACGUAGUUAUCUUCGAUCGUGUGUGGUAGAAGUGUAAUUCUGUUCGUUGCCAUGCAUCAGAAAAAUAUAAAUUAAGAAUAUUUAUUGCGCUACGUGUGCAUGUGUGUGUCAUACUAUGUACAAGUUUUCGAUUUAAUGUUUAGAUUAUCCUAAUGCAAUAGAAAUUUAUGAUGCAGUUUUAUAUCAUGACAUUAUAUUUUUUAUGCUCCUAAUAAUUGGUACAAUGUGUCUACUGUAUACACAUUAAAGAGUAUACUGAUGCUUUAUUCUUUCAGUAUCAGAAGUGAAGUCAGAGAUGGAAGAGUGAUAAAGAGGAUCUCCCAUUAACGUCAUUGAAUUAGAUUUGUAAAUUUUCACGACUACGUAAUCACCAGCUUGUAUUUUUCUUGUGGUAGUUGAAUGCUCACUGAUAGGUAUAGUGGCACAAGGAAGUAAAACUCUUGUAUUUUUAUCAUUUCUUCCUUGAAAUUUCUGAUCACACUUCCUACUCACCUACCAAAAAUAAAUGUACACAUGUCAUAUCGAUGUAAUAAAUACUUUUCACGAUUA